GGCAGCUCGUUCCGUUUUUUAAUUUGGUUUUGUUAUUUUGCUAUUUUCUGUGAUUGUAUUAUUUUUUAUAAAUAUCAGUCUGACAAAAGAAACCACUAACAUUUUAUUUGGACCUUGCUUUUUAAAGAUUCAUUUACAUCGUUGAAAAUGGAGAAAGAAGAAAAAGCUUUAGAAGUGAGUCUUGAUACUCUGGUAAACCGUUGCCAAGAUUUAAAAAUGUCUAUUUCUUCAUUCAUAACUAAACUUGAAAAUGAAAACUUAAGUUGGCCAAUGGUUUUGGAUAAUUUUGCACUUUUAUCUGGUCAAGUAAACACAGUUUUAAAAAUUUUAAGAAAUGAAAAAACUCCUUUGUUGAGGAACAGAAUACUUUUACCUUUAGUACUGUCUCCUGAUCGAGAUGAAGAGUUAGCUAAAUUAACUGAAAACAGAGUUCAUGCUUUCAACCAUGAAAUUGUUCCCGAUUAUUUAAGAACUAAACCAGACCCUGAAGUAGAACAGCGAGAGCAACAAUAUAUGUUAAAGAGUAGUACUGUACCUAUGGAAAUGGCUCAAAAACAGAUCACGGCAAUCAACAAAAUAGUAAACAAUGUGUUAGAUACAGUGAAAGCCAGCAGAGAUGCUUGGGAAAAUGAUUCAGGACAAAGAGCAAGUGCCCAACAAACUUCAUCUAUAUCAGAUACUGGUGCUCUAAUUUGUGCAAUCACGCUUGGAAAAGGUUUAAGGCCUGCCACUGGUUCACCUAAAGGACAGCCAACCAGUUCCCAACCGCCACCUCAACAACCAAAUAGGCCAGCAUCUGGUGGGAAAGUUCCCAGUGCUAUUAAAACAAAUAUCAAGUCAGCUGGAAGUAUGCACCCAUAUGUAAGAUGAUUCGUAAUGGAAUGAACUGCUACUAAAAGGUUUUAUGGUUCUCAAUAUGUAUUGUAAAUAUUUACUAUUAAUAAAUGUAUUUGUCCAUUGUCUGAUUAAA